AUGGACACUGCGAACGAGAACACGGGUAUCACGAAGCGCUCAGGCAUUAAACCACCAUCAACCUUUUCCACCAUCACCUCGUCGCCGACUCGCGCCCUUGGCGAAUUGCACGAAGCCGGCGCGAACGCGCGAAGUGGAAUGCCGAUACCUACAGCGAAACACAAGCCUUCCGGCUUACCGGAGCCUGCAUUCAAGCAACGGAAGACUCUUGCUGAACAAGCCGGAGAGCCCAUUUCUCGACGACUACCCCCGCCGUCGAAGAUAUCGAGUGGGAUCAAAAGUACCGUGGCACGUGGACUCGCAGCGUCCACAUCGCGUGCCGUUUCAAAGCCGACAGUGAGGCAUCCUGCAGCUUCUACUCUCAGUGGCAGCGUUGGCGGAGCUCCCAAGGCUGCCGCAGCUGUGAGACCAAAGUCGGCCUAUGGCCUUGGAAGCCAUGCUAGAAGCAAGUCUUAUCAGCAGGGGCCGCGUCCUGCGACGGCAAUGCUGAACCGAGAUGAUAAUGACGACAGUGAGCAAGCAGAGCGCAAAGGUGUGCAACCAUUUCUUAUCUCUACAAACCCCUACGCCAGUGCAAGAGUGCCUGGCGGGAUGACUUCUCAUCUGAAGAAGCGCCCAAUCUCCCUCAGUGUGUCCCAACAGAGAAUCGCUCGUGUGUCAGAUGCACGAGCAGUCUCAUCUCCUUCUCAUUUCCGCGCCGUCACUCCGGUCAUCGAAGAGCCUGCCGAUACAGAUUGCGACGACAUCUGCACAGCGGUUGGCGCGCUCACAUUGGGCGCAACCAAGGCAGACGUGCGUAGCAAUCAAGUCGGAUGUGGUAUGACUUCUGACUACGGGACAAACCCUUUUCUCAAACCAAAAAUACCUCCAUCUCAACUUCCCCAGCCUACGCCGACGCCUACUCGGCAGCAGCAGCAGCAGGUGGAUCCGUCGCCGUAUCGGCCUCUAUCUACUACACCGCGGAGAUCAGCACAAAAACCCUUUCUGAAUCGCUUCACUAACGAUCGCUGUCCAGAUUUCUACAAUGAACGCAUGGAGGCUAUGGAGCGCGACUUCCGCAUGUUCAAGGAGAAGAUGGAGACAGACGUGCGGCAGGCUACUGACUACAAGGAAUCGAUUCAACAACUUCAAAGUCGCGUUACGGAACUCGAAGCCAUCCGCGCGCGUCUGGAAAUCGUCAACAAGGGCCUAGAGUCGGAGCUCGAUGAUACACGAAGUUGCCUCAAGUCAGUAAAGAUGGAACUCGAGAUGAUGCAGCAGAAACACACAUACGAAGUCGACGACGUACGGCGGAGACUACGCAACGAAGUCGAAGAUCUGGAGUCGCGGCAUCGGAAAGACACAGACCGAAUGGAGAGAGAACGAGAUGAGGUAGAAAGGAAGACACGCCUCGAGCUUGAAGGACGCAUCGACAAGCUGCUGAAAGAACACAACGAGGAACUAGCCGGUUUACGGAAAAAGCUGGAUGCCGACACGGAGACGGAGCGAAGCAGGCGCGCACAAGAAGCACAAAAGAUCGAGGAGGAGUACGGUUCAAAACUUAGAGCGGCAGCGAUGGAAGCAGACUCGAAACACCGCGAGGCGCAACUGGUCCAGGGCGAACUCACCAACGUCAAGUCCGAACUCGAUCGAGAGAGGAUGCUCAAAAAUGGCCUUCAAACCCAAUUGACAGAAGCAACAACCAAUAACCUCACAUUGGACGCGGCGAACAAGGCGAUGAAGGAGAAGAUUGACUUCCUCGAGUCCGACAGCCAGGCACAGUCGCAAGCCUUCAACGACCUUCACAAGAGAAUGCAAGAUGCCAUUGAGGCUGCUGAAAGAGCGCACGACAAACUUCGUCAAGAGGAGACACUGCGCCGAAAGCUUUUCAACCAGGUUCAAGAACUCAAGGGCAACAUCAGAGUCAUGUGUCGCGUGAGGCCAACCCAUGACACGGAACGUAACCCAGCGCAGAUCUCGUUCCCGGACAAUGAUACCGACAGCAAAGAAGUGGCAGUUCUCGGCCCAAGCAAGCAAAGCGCAACUGGCAAGGACAUUACAUCCGCCUACGCGUACUCCUUUGAUCGUGUGUUUGGUCCAGCGUCGCAAAACAACGAAGUCUUCGAAGAAAUCAGUCAGCUCGUGCAGAGUGCUCUUGAUGGCUAUAACGUCUGUAUCUUCUGCUACGGUCAAACAGGAGCCGGAAAGACACAUACCAUGUCUUCAGCUGACGGUAUGAUCCCCCGUGCGACAGCUCAGAUUUGGGAUGAAGCGCAGCGAUUGCAAGAGAAGGGCUGGAAAUACAACAUGGAAGGCUCUUUCCUCGAAGUUUACAAUGAGACAUACAACGACUUGCUCGGCCGCUCAGAGGAUCUAGACAAGAAAAAGGUUGAGGUGCGACACGAUGCUGCGAAGAAGCAGACUAUCCUCGAAAACGCAGUCAGUGUCAAGCUCGACGGCCCAGGUCGUGUUGAGGAGAUCUUAGCGACCGCCGACAAGAACAGGACAGUCGCUGCUACCAAGGCCAACAUGCGUUCCAGUCGAAGCCACUCUGUCUUCAUCCUGAAGCUUGUCGGUACCAAUGAGAUCACUGGUGAGAGGAGCGAAGGCACACUCAACUUGGUCGAUCUUGCCGGAUCAGAGCGACUCGAACACUCCAAGGCUGAAGGUGCGCGCCUCAAGGAGACGCAGAAUAUCAACAAAAGUCUGAGCUGUCUGGGCGAUGUCAUUAAUGCUCUUGGGUCAGCAAAGGAAGGCACACAUCUCACCUAUCUCCUCCAAUACUCGUUGGGUGGCAACUCGAAAACACUCAUGUUUGUUAUGGUCAGCCCGCUGCAAGCACAUCUUCAAGAGACAAUUACGAGUCUCAAGUUCGCGACCAAGGUGUACAACACACACAUUGGCACGGCGAAGAAGCAGACCAAGACAUCGUAG